AUGAUUUAUACCAGGAUCAAAUUUGUUGCUUGUGUCCUAGUUCUGGCGCUAUCCGUUUCUGUAUACGCCAAUCCUGGUCUAAAACUUAGGGAAAAAUUGGCUCGACUACUCAUGGAUCCCGAAAACAUCGAAAGGAACAAUGAAAUCUCGCAAGAGGAUAGUCAAUGGAAAACGGACUCAAGGGCGAACACACAAAAGGGAAUGGUUUUAAAAAAUAGACCAGGAUCAACACGGUCUAAAGAUCGUAAGCCUCUCAAGACCAUGUUUGAGGUAACAAAACCUGUGGAAUCUGAGGAAAGCCAUGAGAGCCGUGAAUACAAGAAAACAUCGAAAACAACCACAACCACAACUCCAGCUUCGGACACAACGCAAGACAUUGUCAUGGUGGGCAUGGCUCCUUUCAAAGCUAUAAUGAAUCGUAUCCUAGAUAUUUGGAAUUAAUGAAGCGAUCCCUAAACUAUAUAGAUAUAUAAAAUUUUGAGAGUUUUAUUUGUUAAAAAUUUAAAUUUUAUAUUUAUUUAAAUAAAUAAUAAUAGUUAUCCAAUUAAA